UCACUUUACCAGCUAUUUCCAGUCUUCCAUCACCACCACAGCCGUCUGCGCCAGCUAGCCCCGCCGCAGCGUCCCAAUGGAGCUUCCUCCAUGGGUGUCUUUUCUCGGCGUGGUGCUCGCCACCGUGAUGCUUCUCAAGGCCGUCCUCGGCCGUCGCGGCCACCGCGCGUACAACCUGCCGCCGGGGCCCAAGCCGUGGCCGAUCAUCGGCAACCUCGACCUCAUGGGCGCGCUCCCGCACCGCUCCAUCCAUGAGCUUUCCAGGAAGUACGGCCCACUGAUGCAGCUCCAGUUCGGAUCGUUCCCCGUGGUCGUCGGCUCGUCCGUGGACAUGGCCAAGUUCUUCCUCAAGACCCACGACGUGGUGUUCACGGACCGGCCCAAGACGGCCGCCGGCAAGUACACCACCUACAACUACCGCGACAUCACCUGGUCCCCCUACGGCGCCUACUGGCGGCAGGCGCGCAAGAUGUGCCUCACGGAGCUCUUCAGCGCCAAGCGUCUCGAGUCGUACGAGUACAUCCGCGCCGCCGAGGUGCGCGCGCUGCUGCGCAACCUGCACGCGGCGUCCGGUUCCGGCCGCGCCGUCAUGCUCAAGGACUACCUGUCCACGGUGAGCCUGAACGUGAUCACGCGCAUGGUGCUCGGCAAGAAGUACCUGGACAAGGAGGUGGUGGCCGGCCGGUCUUCCGUGACCACUCCCGAGGAGUUCAAGUGGAUGCUCGACGAGCUGUUCCUGCUCAACGGCGUGCUCAACAUCGGUGACUCCAUCCCGUGGCUCGACUGGAUGGACCUGCAGGGGUACAUCAAGAGGAUGAAGAAGCUCAGCAAGAUGUUCGACCGGUUCCUGGAGCACGUAGUGGAGGAGCACAACCAGCGGCGGCUGCGCGAGGGCAAGAGCUUCCUCGCCAAGGACAUGGUCGACGUGCUGCUGCAGAUCGCCGACGACCCGACCCUGGAGGUCGAGCUCGACAGGGAAAGCGUCAAGGCUUUUACUCAGGACCUCAUCGCCGGCGGCACGGAGAGCUCGGCAGUCACAGUGGAGUGGGCCAUCUCGGAGCUCCUGAAGAAGCCCGAGGUCAUCGCCAAGGCCACGGAGGAGCUGGACCACGUCAUCGGCCGCGGCCGCUGGGUCACCGAGAAGGACAUCCCCCAGCUCCCAUACGUCGACGCCAUCGUCAAGGAGACCAUGCGGCUGCACCCGGUGGCGCCGUUGCUGGUGCCCCGCCUGUCCCGCGAGGACGCCACCGUGGCCGGCUACGACAUCCCCGCCGGCACGCGCGUGCUCGUCAGCGUGUGGUCCAUCGGCCGGGACCCGGCACUGUGGGACGCGCCGGAGGAGUUCAUGCCGGAGCGCUUCCUCGGCAGCAAGCUCGACGUGAAGGGGCAGGACUACGAGCUGCUGCCGUUCGGAUCCGGCCGGCGGAUGUGCCCCGGGUACAGCCUCGGGCUGAAGGUCAUCCAGGUGAGCCUCGCCAACCUGCUGCACGGCUUCGCGUGGAGCCUCCCCGACGGCGUGACCAAGGAAGAGCUGAGCAUGGAGGAGAUCUUCGGGCUGUCCACGCCGCGCAAGUUCCCGCUAGAGGCCGUCGUCGAGCCCAAGCUGCCGGCACAUCUCUACUCCGCCGAGGCUUGAUAGAUGCGUGCGUGGUUUGUUCAGUAUAGGUGCUGUCCAGUGUCCACUUUGCUGCUCCCGCUGUUGCUGUAGUUUUACGCUGUAAUGUUUUUCUCCAAUUAGGCUUGCGUCGUGUGUGGCCUCGUGGCCAUAGUGUGGAAUAAUGUUGUAACUCAGUUAUACCCUUACUUUUAUAUACACAACACAGAAAAAUACUCCUAAUUAUCACAGGUUGAGUA